UGCAAUAUUUCCAAGAAAGGAAGGGGGCUGGCUGGGAGGAAGAGAGGUGGGGAGGUGAUCAGGGUUCACAGAGGAGGGAACUGAAUGACAUCCCAGGAUUACGUAAACUCUUAGAGACAGUUCACAAGUGUUCACAAAUACCCAAGUGUGAAGCCUGGAAGCUGGCGGGUGCCGCUGUUUAGGAAAGAAGCUAGAGCCCUUCCAGAGCCUGUCCGGAGCUCAGAGGCUCGGAAGACUUAUCGACCAUGGAGCGCGCAUCCUCCUUGUUGCUGCUGCUGCUGCCGCUGGUGCACGUCUCUGCGACCACGCCAGAACCUUGUGAGCUGGACGAUGAAGAUUUCCGCUGCGUCUGCAACUUCUCCGAACCUCAGCCCGACUGGUCCGAAGCCUUCCAGUGUGUGUCUGCAGUCGAGGUGGAGAUCCGUGUCGGCGGUCUCAGCCUAGAGCCGUUUCUAACGCGCGUGGAUGUCGACGCCGACCCGCGGCAGUAUGCUGACACGGUCAAGGCUCUCCGCGUGCGGCGGCUCACAGUAGGAGCCGCACAGGUUCCUGCUCAGCUACUGGUAGGCGCCCUGCGUGUACUAGCGUACUCCCGCCUCCAGGAACUGACGCUCGAGGACCUAGAGAUAACCGGCACCAUGCCUCCGCUGCCUCUGGAAGCCACGGGGCUUGCACUCUCCAGCUUGCGCCUACGCAAUGUGUCGUGGGCUACAGGGCGUUCCUGGCUCGCCGAGCUGCAGCAGUGGCUCAAGCCAGGCCUCAAGGUACUGGGCAUUGCCCAAGCACACUCGCCUGCCUUUUCCUGCGAACAGGUUCGCGUUUUCCCGGCCCUCACCAGCCUAGACCUGUCUGACAAUCCUGGACUGGGUGAACGCGGACUGAUCGCGGCUCUCUGUCCCCACAAGUUCCCGGCCCUCCAGAAUCUAGCGCUGCGCAACACAGGAAUGGAGACGCCCACAGGCGUGUGCGCUGCACUGGCGGCGGCAGGUGUGCAGCCCCACAGCCUAGACCUCAGCCACAACUCGCUGCGCGCCACCGCAAACCCUAGCGCUCCGAGAUGUAUGUGGUCCAGGGCGCUAAACUCCCUCAAUCUGUCGUUCGCUGGGCUGGAACAGGUGCCUAAAGGACUGCCGGCCACGCUCAGAGUGCUCGAUCUCAGCUGCAACAGACUGUACAGGGCGCCGCGGCCUGACGAGCUGCCCGAGGUGGAUAACCUAACACUGGACGGGAAUCCCUUCCUGGUCCCUGGAACUGCCCUCCCCCAAGAGGGCUCAAAGAACUCCGGCGUGGUCCCAGCCUGUGCACGUUCGACCCUGUCGGUGGGGGUGUCGGGAACCCUGGUGUUGCUCCAAGGGGCCCGGGGCUUUGCCUAAGAUCCAGGAGAGAAUAAUGAAUGGGCUCAAACUGCCUUGGCUUCAGGGGCGUCCCAUCAGGACGUUGAGGACUUUUCGACCAAUUCAACCCUUUGGCCCAUCUUUAUUAAAAUCUUAAACAAUC